GUAAACUUGAAGAAUGUCCAGAGCUUCCUUGCAAUUUAAGGAAAUUAAAUUUAGAUGAAACUGCAAUAAAACAAUUGCCUUCAUCAAUUGGACAUUGCUCUCAACUUGUUGCAUUAUCGUUAAGCUGGUGUACAAAGCUUCAAAAUCUUCCAGACUGCAUUGGCCAGUUAAAAUCUCUGAAGGAACUUUACGCAAGUGGGAGUGGCAUAAAAACAUUACCAUCCUCUUUCAAUCAAUUGAGCCGAUUGGAACAUUUAUAUUUUGAGGGAUGUAAAGGUUUGACGGUAUGGCCUUCUUCGUUGUCCGGAUUGAAUAGGCUACAGUGGCUUUAUCUGGGUAACUGUGGUAUAUCAGAAAUUCCAGAGAGUAUUGGAUCAUUAGUUUCAUUGACAUUCUUAUAUUUAGAUGGAAACGAUUUCGAAAGCCUUCCUGCAAGCAUCAAACAACUUUCUUACUUGGACACUCUUAGCUUGGAUGAUUGCAAGAGGCUUAGAUAUUUGCCAGAGCUUCCAGGCAUAAGUUCACUUUCUGCAUCAAAUUGCACCUCUUUAGAAUUUGUAUCGUUUUCGUCCUUUUCCUAAGGCAGAAACAGAAGAUGACCUUCUUUGCACCCUUAUGCUUAAUUUUAGUAUCUGCAUCAAAAUGGGUGAUAAUGUACGUCUUCAAAUUACGGAAGCCCCGUUCUCAGCACAGCAAGGCCGAGACGACCAUAAUUUAUGUAUCCCUUGGGUGGAAGUGGUGCAAAGUAUGAAAUAUCGAACAAGUUCUGUGAGCUUCCAAGGUAAAUCUGGAAAGAUGGAUGAGUAUGUCCUUAACUUUCGUGGUCAAAGUCUUGGGCCUUCCAAGUUGGAUUCAAAAUAUGUUUUCCUUGGGUAUGAAUCUUUUGAUCAUAAAUGGAAUUUCACUCGAGUCUCAUUCCAUGUUGAUUAUGUCUCUGUAAAUUAUUCCGGAAAAGGUGAAGUCAUUAGUGGGAGGAUGAUCAAUUGUGGCAUUCAUUCUAUAUAUUGGAAAGAAUAUAGGAAAGCGAAAAGAAGGAAUGAAAGAAGGAAAGAAUCGGACAAGGAUAUAGUAGAGGCGGCAAACACUGAAUUAUGGGAGAAGAAUUCAAGACAAAAACUCUGAUUAAGGUCAAUUAGUAUGGCAAAGAAAUUGACAUAAGGUAAAGAAGUUUUAAUUUUCGUGCGUUACUUUGGGAUUUUGG